AUGUCUGACGACAACCUAACGACAACAGACGAAGGAGACGUCGAUUUCCCGCCAUUCCUUAUCCUCUUCAUUGUGUUACAACAAGUAGUGUUCAGCCUUUCCUGUUUUAGCAACAUCGUCGUCAUCUUCAUUUUCACUCGUUACCUCCAUCUUCGAUCCUUUAAAAACCGUUUCGUCGUGGGGCUCGCCGCCGCCGAUUUUUGCACGGGUGUUUCGGUCGGUUCCCAAAUUAUUUACUUCCUUUUCCCAGAAUUGAACGCCGUCAGGGUGGCUUGCUUUAUUCGGUAUCAAAUCGUUGCAUUUCUGACGAUGACGUCACAACUAACAGCGUCAUUUACAACGUUUGACAGAUACAUUGCAAUAUGUCAUCCUCACAGUUAUAGUAAAGUGGUAACCAACGUUACUGCGAACAUCCUGGUUACACUACCAUGGGUGUAUGCCCUGGUUCUAACGUCACUGUCCUUCCUAGGACUAAAGUCAUGGUCAGAUGAUUCCAUGUAUUGUCUCUAUCACCUCAUCUUCGAACAGGGCGUUUACUUAGCAUCGGCGUUGACCACCGUCUGCUUCAGUGUCGCCUCUUUGAUCAUGUACAUUCGAAUUUUACAGGUAGCAUGGAAAUACUACAACAGAAUACGCCCUUCAAAUGAAACCAGUCCAUAUCCCCAAGUCCGUAAGAAAUCAACGGAGCGUAAUGUUCGAAGUGCAAAGGUCAUGGGGAUCGUAACGGCGGCGUUUACGAUUUGCUGGACGCCUUUUACGGCCUAUCAAUUUCGGUAUGGAGUAGGGUCUGUUGACUUGACCAUGGACGACAUCAAUGUUUCUAACUGGCUUGUUUUCCUUGGAAUGACCAAUAGCCUAGUGAACCCAGUGAUAUACGCCUGGCAACGAAAGGACUUCAACACAGUCUGCAAGAAACUUUGUGGUCGAAACGUCGAUUGGAGUAACGCGACGGCUGACUUCACGUCCCAUGUCUCAUCAACGUAAACCAUGUUUGUAUGGAACAUCCUAUAUUCCAAACGGGUUUAUAUAAGUGAUUCAUAUAAAAGUCAUGAUAUGUUAUUUGUGGCAUCGUAAUAACGGACAGUUGACCAACGCCAUAAAUACACAAUUGAUAAAUUAUCGAUCAUAUGUUUAUCUAACGGUCCUGUCUAGUAACAUCGUUUUUGGCAUGAGACCCAACUGAAACAUGCUAUUUACAAAGAGUGCAGUAUGCAUUGUUUGGUCCACAAUCAUUGGGCUUUAUCCACUUAAACUCUUUUUCUCUCGACAUUCGUUAUGUACACAAAUUGAUAUGCGCACAAAUAUCUUUUCUUUUUAGCAUUUCGU